AUGACAGUCAGACAACUCAGAACCAGAAAAUCAUCUAAUCUUUUACCAGUUUAUAAUCUCUCUUUGAAAUCCUUUGAAUCAAAGAAUACCAUUGUUCUUGUUCAAAAGCCCAAGAAUCUUGAAUCGUCUGCCGAGAAAAGAGCUCUUGCACAAUUUGCCAAAGGUGAUUCGAUGGACAUUGACCAGAGAUAA